AGGGAGGCAGGAAGGCCCCAGGGGAUGUGGCUGUACGACGCUGGUUACGGGAAUGUUAAAUUUCCCCGUUAUCCCUGUGGGUGUGACACUGAAGAGGGAGACGAUGCCGGAGAGAAAGGAUGCUUCCCGGUAUUGGAUCAGCCUUUACGGUCGUUGGAGGAACUUCCCUUCGAGUAUGGCUGUGGUUCAGGCGCUUGUGCCUGAAGUACCCCACGCCUCCCUGCGCCUUUCCUGCCCGGAUUGCAGAUGCCCACAAAACCCCGUGAGGGGCCGCAGUGGGUUUUAUGCCCUUUGCUGAAAGGGUCUAUUGUGUUCCCAAUGUUGAUCAUACUGUACUAUGCAACCAUUGCAGGAUCGUUCCUGUUAUUUCUCCUUUGCUUUGUAAACCCCCUACUUUUCGUCUUUAACUCUAUGAAAAUCAGAUUCUUGUUUUGUGUGUCACGUUGAUCCUUUACGAAGUCAGUACAGCUUAUCACUUUUUUAUCUCGGAGAUCAAAGUUUUGUCCUCAAAGGAGCAGUUAAAUUUUACUACAGAAAGACGUGAGGGCAUGCAGAACAAAGGUGCACCUGACGCUGCAAGUAGUCACUGCUUAAGCAAUGCAAAUGUAUAAAAAUACCACUUAGAAUAGUUGUUCUUGGUGUGGGAGGGAUUGGUUAAACAGCGUGGAGUUGCAGGAAAAUGCUGUCUAGCUGUUGUCUUUCUCCUCCCUCCUCCUCGCCCUCCUCUUUGAUAAUCACGUUGUUUUGGACAAAAGUGGGGCAAAUGAGAACGGGGUAGAGGCUCUGGCACUGAGGUGUGCUCCAAGCAUGCAGCCUGUGGCAGGGAGAGUAGGAAUUUCGUCCUCCCACUGGUCGCUUUGGAUGCUGAGUGGCAGGCCGUGCUGAAUGGCCAGACGGGGUUUGGUGCGUUAGAUACAUCGGUGCUUGGAGCGCAAGUGCCUGUCUCUUGAGCACGGCUUUAGUAGGCUCAACCGUGGGGAGCAACUUCUCAGGUGAAGGCUGUGGCUGACAGAAUCCUGGGGGCAGGAGGUAGGAGCACGUACCAUGGAGAGGGGCCUGUUUGCAUUGAGGAGGCAGAAAACUUGAUGCAAUCGCAGGAAUCUAGAAAAAAUCAGCAGGGAGCUGUUUGGAGCUAGGGUGCAGAUAUUUGGAUGGUUUAUAUUCAGGCUGGUUGUCAAGGAGAGAUAAUGCUGUAGGGUUUGUGGAAUGCCAGAGAACAUUUGGGGUUUGUUUAUAGGUGGUGGAGGUAGGUGAAGGAAGCUACUGAAGAAAGUGCUCUGUUUGUGUGAGAGUUUCUCCCAAAGGUAUUCUGAAAAAGUGCGUUGCUGGCUUGUUCGUUGUGCUGGCACUGGCAUUGUGCAGCUUUGUGGUAAAUGGGAUCUGGGAGGUGAUGUGCCUGAAAAGGCAGCUUUUGUCCGGAGCAGUUUUCUUACGGAUCACUGCUGCAGCCCACCAAGCACCUCUGAGAGUGUCAGUCUUGGAACAAAUGAGGGCGGGAAGAUUGCCUUUUCUGCAGCAGCAAUUCGUGUAGUUCAUCGCAGAGAUUGUGGAAACUACGGUGUAAGGGCGUAUGAAAACACAGCGUGUAAAACACACGCACAGAAAUAACAAAGGCGGUCCAAAACAGUAUGUGUCCAAAAGCAGCUAAUUCCUUUUUGUGUAUGCACACAUUUCUUAGACACUUCAGUUUCUUUGUUUUUCAGUUAGGGGAGAAACAUGGUUUUGUUUGCCAAUAGUAUUACAUAAAAGACAGCUAACAAUCAUAUGAUGGUUUUGCAGAGGUGAUUUUGCUGUUACUAGGAUGCUGGUUUUUGACUUAAUUUACAGAUAUUUUGUGUUAUUUUCUAUAUAGAAAUUAAUGAAUUGGGGGGGGGAAGUGCCUUUGUAUGUUUUACUGUUUCCAUUAUAUUUCCAGCAUACGAAAUGGGGGAAAUAAUGCUUCCCACCUCUUACUGAUACAUAACAAGAUAGUUUGGGCAAAUUUGCCGUGGAAUCUUAGUAUUUGUAGGAAUCCAAAUCAUUGGUGAUCCAAUUAGGAUGGAUUUAAGUGACUAAGAAAUGCAUUCUAUUCUUAGGUGUGAUGUGCCACUGCUACAGUUGUGGACAUUAAAAAAAAAAGAGGAGGAGGGAGGUAGAGAGUGGGUAAGAAAGCACAGCAGAUGUGCAAGCAUUGAAUAGAUGGCUUACAGUUCUGUCUCAUUAAGACUGACUUUCUUUAUUUCAGUGGGUGUAUUAUGAGAAACUAUUACAAAUUCUGUGGAAUUCUUUGCAGACUGUCCUAUCCCCUUUUGUGUUGUCAUGGUUGUAUAAUCGUCGCAUCUUUUGAAGCUUGAAUCUCUGAAUGAAAACACAUUUUGGCAACAGCUUGUGAAUUACUUAAACAAGAUUUUGAUUUAAAUCUACCUGACAGCUCUCAAGUAAUGUUUAAGCAAGAGAAAUACAAACUACUAAAUAGCUGUAAAUGAAGGGUAGCUAAAAUAAUGGAGCUAAGAGGAAGCAGUAUUUUGCUAGUGUAAGUGGGUAUAAAUGUCCUAAAACGUCUUAAACUUACAUGUGAUAUAUAACGUGUAAAAUGGCUUAAGAGAUGUGUUGUAUGUACAGCCUGUGUACUCUUGAUAAAACUCCAACAUCAGCAGUGUAGUGAAGACUCCUAAAAGUAAUAUAUAAAAGGAGCUAGAUACCAUUUUCCUUGUCCUUUUCAUUUUUUUUAUUAAACCUAGCAAAUGCUAACUGUGUCACUUCCUCCUUACUGUGUUGCAUGUGGUGGGAUAAGCCUGAUUCUGUUGUGUAUCUUGUUUUUGCUUGAUGGUCACACUUGCUGGCCAAGAUUGAUUGAAGACAAAGAUCCUGUUGUAUUUUUGGUUAAGAAACUUUUCUGAAUGGGAUUCAGUAAUUGACAGGUGGUGGACUAGCCAAUUUCCAGAAACAGUCGUGGUUUCUGUAUUAAGUCUUGGUUGUUUGGGUGUGUUUGGUUUUAGUUAUUUUGACUUUGUGUGUUUUUAUUUUGGUGGGGUUUUGUUUGGGUUUUUUUGUUUGGUUUCUGGUUGUUUGGUGUUUUGUUUGUUUUUUUUUUUUUUAAAGCUGAUUGCAAGUACUGUUAAAAAGCUUAAAUACCACCAAGUUUGUUGCUUCUGAAGGCUAUGCCAAGCUGGUUUCAGGGAAGCUUUGAGUUUGUGGUGCUGCCAAAAGAAGCAGUCCUGCCUGGCUGCUAUUUCAGUUUCCCUGUGUUGUCCCAAGUGUUUGUGGGCUGUGUAAUGAACCAUAUAAAAAAAAUUUAUUGAAAGUGAUCCAGUAUGUGGGUGCAGAAAUACAUAGACUGGCAUAAGGGAGAUCAUCAGGAAUGUGAGGAAACACAGGAUAGGAGAGAUGGGACUGUUUCUUUAAACUAGCAGAGCCACCUUAUUCUGUGGAGCUGCAGCAGCUUCAUUUGUGAAAUCCAGAUUUUUUAACAUGGCAGUGAAAUAGUUGAGAGCCAGGCAUUUCCUUUCAAGUAUUUAGGGUGGAAAGCAAGGGAAAAAGAAGCUUGAGUGGAAAAGAAGUGUGUGGAUUAGAGCCUUGGCAUUUCAGGCACAGAUCAUGCUCCUAGCAGUCGUGGUCCUUUCUUAAAAAUGCUGGGUGCUGUUGAUGACACCUUGUGUCACAUUGUUGAUGCCCACCCUUGGCCCAGUGUGGUUGCCCUCUGAGACAGCGACAAACGGUGCGUAGAGCUCUUUUUCAUUGCUCGUUACUCCUUGUGCCCUUACUUGACCUGGUGUAGCCACUCCAGACUGGCCAUGAGCAGGAAGAGGCUGUGAGUGAUUUCAUUUGCUGCUGUGAACCAGGAUGUUGUAGGUGUGAUGCUCUGAGGAACGUGUACUUUUUCUGUGGAAGUGUGCAGCAUGCAGGAGGUUACUGUUACAGACGGCUGUUUUCCUACGUAUUCCUGUUACUACCACAGUUCUUUCCUAAGUGAGAUUUGAUGAAGGUUAAUGAAAUUGUAAAUUCUUGUAUAUUGUAAGAAUAUUUACACAGACCAAAAAAAUCCUAGCUAUGUGAUCUUUUCACUUGUUCCUAAGUACGAGUGUUGUUUGGAUAAGUGGGUCUUGUGUGUCAGGGUUUGUUUUACCUGUUACAAUUAAGUGGAGACAAAAGCUGCAAAUAGUUAAAUGGUUUUUAUUCGGUAGUUACGGCUUUCUAUUCAAAGUACUUUUUUGAAAAAAAUCGUUAUAUCCAUACUCUUCUUAAAAAGAAUUAAAUGGGAAAAGGGUAGCAGAUGUGUUUUAGCUGCCAGGGUUGGAUGUGGUAUAGCCAGUGUCUCGUUUAAAAACAAAGAAGUGUGCCUAUUUUUCACCUUUGCUGAUUGCUAGAAAGGAUUUCUGAGACUGCAGAACUGACUACCAGUGUUUGAGUUAUGGUAAUUUAAGAUCUUGUCUUCUGCUUAGAGUUUUUAAAAGUGAAGUAACUAUCUUGUUCUAUAUCCCCAGGAUCUAAAGACUUGUCUAAAUUAGGAUUUUUGAUUUCAGCUAACACAAGUUUAAGUCAGAAAUAUAGAUUAUUAAGUAUUCAUUUAAAAUCUUGGCCUGAACUUGAAGUUUGUAUUGCUUUUUCUGUGCUAGACUUUUGAAUGCCUUCGUUACCCUUUACUGGCUAAUACCAUCUCGCCUUUUGUCUAGACAAAAUCUGAAAUGGUCCGAUACACUACUGUGCUCCUUCGGAGACUCAUGCUUGCUGAUGAUGAGAAGUAAAAACUUAAUCUUAAUAAAGCAUAUAUUUUGUAGAAAUUGGAAAUAUCUUGGUCACUACUAGUGAAUGGGAUCAGUAUUGCUGAAAGCACAAAUAGAGAGUUUUGAAAUAACUGCUUCAUUGACACCAACUAACAGUUGGAGGAAUAGAUCUACUGGCAAAAAUGGGUCGAUCUAAUUCUAGAUCACAUUCUUCAAGAUCAAAGUCCAGAUCUCAGUCCAGCUCUAGGUCAAGAUCCAGAUCACAUUCAAGAAAAAAGAGAUACAGUUCUAGGUCUCGGUCAAGGACGUAUUCCCGAUCUCGGAGCAGAGAUCGUGUUUAUUCUAGAGAUUAUCGCAGAGAUUACAGAAAUAAUAGAGGAAUGAGACGUCCUUAUGGUUACAGAGGAAGAGGUAGAGGGUAUUAUCAAGGAGGAGGUGGUAGAUACCAUCGUGGAGGUUAUAGGCCUGUCUGGAACCGAAGACACUCCAGAAGCCCUAGGCGUGGCCGCUCACGUUCCAGAAGUCCAAAACGAAGGUCUGUGUCUUCCCAGAGGUCCCGGAGCAGGUCUCGUCGAUCUUACAGAUCUUCCAGGUCCCCAAGGUCCUCUUCAUCACGUUCUUCAUCCCCAUACAGCAAAUCACCUGUCUCUUCCAAAAGACGUGCGUCUCUGGAAAAGCAGGCAAAGAAAACUGAAGGGGCUCCUUUGCAAGACAGUCCCUUGAAAAAUAAAUCACAAGAUGAACAGAAAGAUACAUUUGAACAUGACCCAUCAGAGUCUCUUGACGAUUUUAACAAAUCAUCAGCAGCUUCUGGCGACAUUUGGCCUGGCCUUUCAGCGUAUGAUAACAGUCCAAGGUCACCCCAUAGUCCUUCUAUUGCCACCCCACCUAGUCAGAGUUCAUCUUGCUCUGAUGCCCCUCUGCUUAGCACAGCCCACUCAGCAAAGGAUACACCUCAGCAUUCCCAUUCCAUUCAGCAUAGUCCUGAGAGAUCUGGCUCUGGUUCUCUUGGAAAUGGUUCUAGCCGCUAUAGUCCUUCUCAGAAUAGCCCAUUGCAUCAUAUCCCUUCAAGGAGAAGCCCUGCAAAGACAAUCCCAUCACAGAGUGCCCCCCGUGAGGAGGCUCGAGUGCGGUCGUUUUAUCCUGAGGGCAGUGAACAGGAAACUGCAAAAGGUGGAAAGUUUAUGAAAAGGUACACAGAUGAAGAGUCUAGAGUAUACCUGCUUGAUAGGGGUAAUACCAGGGAGAAGGAGGCCCAGAAGGAGAGAGGAUCAGAAAAAGGGAGGACAGAGGGAGAAAGGGAAUGGGAGGAACAGGAAACUUUAGAUUUUUUCGUUGAUAAAGAGACUGGGAAGGAAAAGUUUAAUGACUCUGAAGGGGAGGACACAGAGGAGACAGAGGAUUACAGACAGUUCAGAAAGUCUGUCCUGGCAGAUCAGGGUAAAAAUUUUCCUACUGCAUCUCACCGGAAUGCUGAGGAGGAAGGAACCAAAUACAAAUCUAAAAUGUCAAUCAAGGGCAGUAGAGAGAGCGAUGGAUUUAGAGAUGAGAAAAGUUAUAAGCUUAAAGAGACUGGCUAUGUAGUGGAAAGGCCUAGUGCAACAAAAGAUAAGCACAAGGAAGAAGACAAGAGUUCUGAGAGACUAAUGAUGAAGAAAGAAACUCAGUCACCUGAGCAGGUAAAGUCUGAAAAGCUCAAAGAACUCUUUGAUUACAGUCCUCCUCUACACAAGAAUCUGGAUGCGAGAGAAAAAUCCACCUUCAGAGAGGAGAGCCCACUUAGGAUCAAAAUGAUAGCCAGUGACUCCCAUCGUCCUGAAGUUAAACUCAAAAUGGCACCAGUACCUCUUGAUGAUUCCAAUAGACCUGCUUCCUUGACUAAAGACAGGCUGCUUGCUAGCACACUUGUCCAUUCCGUCAAGAAGGAGCAAGAGUUCCGAUCCAUCUUUGACCACAUUAAGUUGCCACAGGCCAGCAAAAGCACAUCAGAGUCAUUUAUUCAGCACAUUGUGUCCUUGGUUCACCAUGUCAAAGAGCAAUACUUCAAGUCAGCUGGAAUGACCCUAAAUGAGAGGUUCACUGCGUAUCAAAAAGCAACUGAAGAACACUGCACCCGACAAAAGAGCCCAGAAAUACAUAGGAGGAUUGACAUCUCUCCAAGUACCCUGAGGAAGCAUACCCGUUUAGCAGGUGAAGAGAGAAUCUUUAAAGAAGAAAGUCAAAAAGGAGAUAAAAAAUUAAGGUGUGAUUCUGCUGAUCUUCGGCAUGACAUUGACCGACGUAGAAAAGAACGAAGUAAAGAGCGAGGAGACUCAAAGGGUUCCAGGGAAUCCAGUGGGUCAAGAAAGCAGGAGAAAACUCCAAAAGAUUACAAGGAUUACAAAUCUUACAAAGACGACAGUAAACAAAAAAGAGACCAAGACCGUGCUCGGUCCUCCCCAUCUUCCUCCCCAUCUUCUUCCUCAUCCAGUUCUCGAGAAGAAAAGGAUUGCAAGAAAGAAAGAGAUGAAGAGUUCAAAACCCACCAUGAACAGAAGGAAUACUCUGGUUUUGCAGGAGUCAACAGGCCAAGAGGCACCUUUUUUCGAAUUAGGGGCAGAGGAAGAGCCAGAGGAGUCUUUGCUGGAACAAAUACUGGUCCCAGCAACUCAAAUACUACUUUUCAGAAGAGACCGAAGGAAGAGGAAUGGGAUCCUGAAUAUACCCCAAAAAGCAAGAAAUACUUCUUGCAUGAUGACAGAGAUGAUGGUGUGGAUUAUUGGGCCAAAAGAGGAAGAGGCCGUGGUACUUUCCAGCGUGGCAGAGGGCGUUUUAACUUCAAAAAGUCAGGUAGCAGUCCGAAGUGGACACAUGACAAAUACCAAGGGGAUGGGAUUGUGGAAGAUGAAGAAGAAACAAUUGAGAAUAAUGAAGAAAAGGACAGACGCAAAGAAGAAAAGGAAUAACCUGGAAGAAAGCUGUAGCUGAAAGAGCAGCUCUUGCACCACCCACACAACAUUUUUAAUAUGUUUUUUUGUUGUCAAAUGAAUGUAAGCAUUUUACUUAAAUUUUACUGUUGGAAAGUAGUUUAGAGAGAUUGUUUUUGUUUUAAGCCUUUAGAAAAAAUCAUGAUAUAGUAAACUAUGUUAAUGAUCGUACAGGUAGAAAGUAAAAUAUUUGUAACAACUUUUAAGAAAUUUUACUGUUUGUUAUAUGCAGUGUAAUUCUGCUUUGUCCAAAUAUAUGGUCAAGUACAACUCUAAAAGUUUUGAUUCUCCCCUAUGUCUGUGUUUUAUUCUGAAGUAAACUUACAGCUCUGCGCACCUGAAA